AUGGCAGCUAAUAAUUUGAUUGCUAUAUGUCAAAUGACUUCCACCAAUGAUAAGGAAAAAAAUUUUCAAAUUGUCGAAUCUCUGGUGACCGAAGCUAAAAAAGCGAAUGCAAAAAUUGCAUUUUUGCCCGAAGCAUGCGAUUUUGUCGGCUCUUCUAAAGCUGAAACCAUUACUUUGGCUGAAACUCUGGAUGGACCUUUGGUGGCCAAGUAUAAAAAUUUGGCGAAGAGUUUGAAAAUUUGGAUUUCGCUAGGGGGUAUUCACGAGUCUUAUACAAAGUCUAAAUUAUACAACACUCAUUUAAUGAUUAACGACCAAGGAAAUAUUGUUGGUAAAUACAGCAAGAUACAUUUAUUUGAUGUAGAAAUCCCAGAACAAAAUGUAAGAUUAAUGGAAUCAAGUUAUGUUGAAAAAGGGAAAAGUAUAACUAAUCCAAUUUCAACUCCUGUUGGUAAUGUUGGCCUGGCUAUUUGUUAUGACAUGAGAUUUUCAGAAUUGAGUAUUGUAUUAGCAAGACUAGGAGCUCAAAUUUUAACAUUUCCUUCGGCAUUUACAUUCGCUACGGGAGCCAGUCAUUGGGAAACCAUUUUAAAAGCUAGGGCUGUAGAAACUCAAUGUUAUGUUGUGGCAGCUGCACAAGUAGGAUCUCACAAUGAUAAAAGAACAUCAUGGGGACAUUCAAUGGUGGUUGAUCCAUGGGGUAAAAUAAUUGCUCAAUGUUCAGAUGGUCCUGGAAUCGCAGUUACAUCCAUUAACAUAAAUUAUUUAGAAAAAGUUCGUUUGAGUAUGCCUGUAUGGAAUCAUAGAAGAUAUGAUUUAUAUCCUUCAAUGAUUGCUUUAGGUCAACAUCAUUUUAAUUCCGAUAAGGAUUUUUACACUUUUGGCCAAGUUAAAAUAAGUAAAGAUACAGUUUUUUACAAGACAAAUUUAUCAUUUGCUUUUACGAAUAAAAAAUGCGUAGUUCCAGGUCAUGUAUUAGUUGCUCCAAUUAGAGAAGUUAAAUUAUUUUCAGAAUUGACAUCUGAAGAAGUUGCAGAUUUAUUUCAGGUUACUCAAAAAGUAGCAAAAGUAAUGAGUCAAAUUCAUAAUACAGAAUCAUCGACAAUUGUUGUUCAAGAUGGUCCAGAUGCUGGACAGACAAUAAAACACGUUCACGUUCACAUUUUACCCAGAAAACCGUUAGAUUUUGCAAGGAACGAUGACAUUUACACAGAACUCAGUAAUCACGACAAGGGAGAAAAUAUAAAAUGGAGGACCGAAGAAGAAAUGGAAGUCGAAGCAUGUAAUAUAAAAAAAGUCUUUGAAUCCACAACGUAG